UUGGUCAGCACAGCCCUGCCCUCAGAACCUAACCACCAGAUCAACAAGGGCAAAGCUGUUUUCCCUUUGUCCCCAACUGCAACCUGUUGGCCUUUAACAGAGAAACCUCUGGAACAAGGUUGCACUUUCUGCAGGUGUUUUCUCCAAAGGCUCUCAUCUUCCUUUCUUAUGUCUACUCUUUGGAAUUAAGCAUUUCCUCCAUUCAGCCAUGAUCACUUCACUUUUCUCCAACCUUGGGUUUAUCUACUUCCUUCUGGUGAUCAUUCAUCUGAGCUUGAGCAGUCCUAUCAACCCCGCUGAGAACCAUCACAGGGCAUCACUUGGUAGUGUCGUGGUUGAUAAUCCACUGGUUGAUGCACAGGACUUUCUAAGCCAGUUUCUGUCCACGCUGAACCUCACAAAGCUGAGGCCCCAGACCCGGCAAAUUGCUGCAUACAAAGAGCCGCCAGAGUACAUGCUUGAGCUGUACAACCGAUUUGCUAAUGACCGGACUGCUGUGCCGUCAGCCAACAUUGUGCGCAGCUUCAAUAAUGAAGAUUCAUCCCCCUACAGUAUAACACCCAGGGGUGUAAGGAUAUAUCCCUUGCUGUUUAAUAUCUCCUUGCCCCACCACGAGCGAAUAACAUUAGCUGAACUUCGACUUUUCACUUUGGUCUGGAAGGCCCAAAGACCGUCUGCUGGCUUUGAUUGCAAGGUGACAAUCUACAAAGUACAUGAGGGAGUUGUUUGGACUAAAGAGGUGGGGAAAGAAGGGAGAAGGAGGGAUAAAGAGGAGGUGUUGGAGAUGAAGGAUCUGGAGGAACUGGUGACAAAGCAUAUCCAUGCAAAAGAUAAUAGCUGGGUGUCAUUUGACCUGACGCAUGUGGUUACACUCUGGCGGAAGUCAGGGUGUGCAACUCACAGACUCGAGGUUCAUCUUGCAUGUAUGGGGUCAGAGGAUGAAGGUGCCACACAAGAGGCCACAGAGGAGGCCGAAACUUUGGUGGACAUUGACAGGAGCUUGGACGGGAAACACAAUACAAUAAUGAUUGUGUUCUCAGAUGAUCAGAGCAGAGACCACAAACAGGACAAACAAGAGCUCAUCCAAAUGAUUAACCACGAGAAUGACCUUCCUGAGAACAUGGGCAGGGGCCAAGAACCCUUCUGGGAGCAUGUUAAUCACAAGAACGGCCAUGCUAAACAGGACGAGCUGAACCAACAGUCUCUCAUGCAACCGCAGUCCAACCUUAUCUAUGACGCACCUCCUCGAAUCCGUCGCAAUGUUAAGAGCGAGUCAUGCAAAAGAACACCUCUCUUUGUGGAUUUUAAAGACAUUGGCUGGGAUUCAUGGAUCAUCCAGCCUCUGGGCUAUGAAGCGUACAAGUGCAACGGCGUAUGCAACCCGCCUAUGACUUCUGAGGUCUCCCCCACCAAACAUGCCAUAGUGCAGACUCUGCUGAGCAUUAAGAGUCCAGAUAGAGCACCGCGUGCCUGCUGUGUGCCCACGAAGUUGGAGCCAAUCUCACUACUUUAUCACGAUAAUGGGGCGAUCACUUUCAACCACAAGUAUGAGGGAAUGGUGGUGGCAGAGUGUGGCUGCAGAUAGUCCUCAGAAUAUUACUUAUUACUAAGACUGUGUUGUGAUGGAUCUAAAAGUCAUCAUCUUAGAAACAUCUCUAUCUAUCUAUCUAUCUAUCUAUCUAUCUAUCUAUCUAUCUAUCUAUCUAUCUAUCUAUCUAUCUAUCUAUCUAUCUAUCUAUCUAUCUAUGAUCUUAUGCAUUGGUGUGUAAAAAGCACAGGUCAGGACUUAGUUGUAAAUUAGAAAUGAACACGUGAUGUAAAUUUGCAAUUGUAUAAAGAUAAAUCAAUAAUCCUUAUAUUAAUGUAGACUAUAAGCCUUUCGAUAUAAUGCUGCAAAUCUUAUUAACCACAAUGAUCUAUUACUGUAGUCGAAACAAGAGAGAGGAAACGAUUGUCUGACAGCAAACAUCUGAAAAUCAAAGUAUAAAUGUUGUUCCCGUCUCAUGCCACAUCAUGAGGAGUAAGCCAAAAAGCUAAAUAAUGCAGACAACAGCAAUAACCUUCUGAAUAUUUUGGGAUUCUGAGAGAAAUUAAACAAAAAACUUCCUCUAUAAGUCUCCACAUUUCCUUCAAUAUCUAUAUUUAUUUCAAUAAUUUAUACAUAUUUUAUGCACUACAUAAACUGUAAUGUGUGUUUUUUUAAAUUAUGAAAAGCCUUAUGUGUUAUUUGAAUAACAAUCCUGCUGAAAUGCUUUAUAUUGAGAUAUUCAGCCACAAAUUUCUAAAUGACAUAAUUUGCUUCUUUGCCCUGUGGCAUGUUGGAGCCAGCCAGAUGAUUUAAAGACUGUGACAUUUUUUCUCCUAUUUGCUUGCCAUACUUGCAGAAAAUGUAUUUUCGAUGGCUUUUGACCAGGAGAGGAUUUUACGGUGUGUUGGAGCUCUUCGGGGGCUUCUUGUCUGAAAAAUGUUAUUUCUCGUGCUUAAUCUUGCAGUCGACUGCUGUGAAAUCAUGCUUUAUAGCAGCCAUUCAUAUCUUGCUUUUUGGCUUUCGACAUAAAUGCUAAUACGGUUGGGAAAAAAAAAUAAAAUAUCUGAAAACAAA